AUGAAAUUCACUCGUUUAUUCAAUUUUUCAAUUUUAACUACUUUAACCCAAGUAACUGCUUUGGUUAUCUCAAAAAGAGAAGAAUUAGUUGAAGGAAAAUAUUUUUCAAUCGUUGAUCAAUAUUCAAAUUAUAUUACUACUUCCGAUAACAAAUUAGUUUUAUCAGCAGCUGAAGAAGGUUCACCACAAUCUUUUAUCUUUCAAAAUGGUAAAUUAAUUAAUUAUGAUCUUGACACUGCUAUUGUUGGUGAAUUAGAUAAUGUCUUACAAUUUAAUACUGAAUUAAUCACACCUAAUGAAUUAAAUUUUGCUAUUGUUGGUGAUUCAAUCUUUGUUGAUGGUUCAAGUUUAUAUAUCUGUUCUUUGGACACUUCAGAAAUUUCCAUCGAUACACCAGAAUGUGAUUUAAUUGAGUUAACUGUUCAAGUUCAGGGAGAUAUUGGUCAAGCUCCAAAUACAGAAGAAGAAUCAGAAGAAACUGAAGCUACAAAUACUGAAGAAGGAUCAGAAGAAACUGAAGCUCCAAAUACUGAAGAACAACCAGAAGAAACUGAAGCUCCAAAUACUGAAGAACAACCAGAAGAAACUGAAGCUCCAAAUACUGAAGAACAACCAGAAGAAACUGAAGCUCCAAAUACUGAAGAACAACCAGAAGAAACUGAAGCUCCAAAUACUGAAGAAGAACCAGAAGAAACUGAAGCUCCAAAUACUGAAGAAGAACCAGAGGAAACUGAAGCUCCAAAUACUGAAGAAGGAUCAGAGGAAACUGAAGCUCCAAAUACUGAAGAACAACCAGAAGAAACUGAAGCUCCAAAUACUGAAGAACAACCAGAAGAAACUGAAGCUCCAAAUACUGAAGAAGAAUCAGAAGAAACUGAAGCUCCAAAUACUGAAGAAGAACCAGAAGAAACUGAAGCUCCAAAUACUGAAGAAGAACCAGAAGAAACUGAAGCUACAAAUACUGAAGAAGGAUCAGAGGAAACUGAAGCUCCAAAUACUGAAGAACAACCAGAAGAAACUGAAGCUCCAAAUACUGAAGAACAACCAGAAGAAACUGAAGCUCCAAAUACUGAAGAAGGAUCAGAGGAAACUGAAGCUCCAAAUACUGAAGAACAACCAGAAGAAACUGAAGCUCCAAAUACUGAAGAACAACCAGAAGAAACUGAAGCUCCAAAUACUGAAGAAGAACCAGAAGAAACUGAAGAUACAAAUACUGAAGAAGAGGAAGUUGAACCAUCAAUUACUGAACAAAGUGAGAUAACUGAUGCAACUUUAACAACUUUUACAAGUGAAAUUGUCACAACAGUUAUUGAAACUAUUACCGAAUGUAAUCCUGUUUGUUCAGAAACAACGAGGGCUGUUCCAACUACAAUUUUGUCAGAAAUUGUCGCUGCUGCUUCAGAAUCAAUAGAAGCUAUUACCGUUACCGUUACAUCAUGCUCCGCUAAAGAUGUAUGUGAUGUUCAUACUAAAGUUAGAUAUACUACAAUUGUUACCUAUUGUCCAGUUAGUUUAGCAACAGACGAAACUGUUGCAGCAGUUACAGAAGAUGUCACAGUUACACUUACAACUUGUGAUUCAGGAAAUUGUGUUGAAACUACAUCUGUUUCAUCAACUACUUACACAACUACUACGUACUUAACUAUCACCGUUUAUACCGAAGAAGCAGACGAAACAUCACAAGUUAUUGAAGAUCAACCUACUGCUAUUGCUGGAUUGGCUAAUGAACAACAACAAGAAGAAACAGGAGAAGUAAAAGAAGAAGAAACAGGAGAAGAAAAAGAAGAAGAAGAAGGUGAAGCACAAAUAACUCAAGAAGAAACAGCCGGAGAAUUAAUUGAAGAAGAUGAAGUAGUUGAAGAAUCUGUUAAAGAAGAUGAAAUUUACGAAGGUAAUGCUAAUAAAUUAACAUCAGUUUCUACUUUAAUGGUUGGUUUAUCUUUAUUAGUUCCAUUGAUUAUUUAG